AUGUAUAAGCUAGUAUUGAUUUAUGCCUUUUUCUUUAUGAGCGUAGUGCUUGCAUAGAAAGGCAACACAAAUAUGUUAGGAGAUUAUGAAUAGAGAGUUAUAAAUCUGACAGUAAUACCGACUUUGGAUGAUAACUCGAACACAUUUCUUUACAAAAAGAGAAUUUCAUUUAGUAAGCUAUUCUAGGAUGAGCCUUAAGUGCUUCUUACUAUUCAAAGCAUAGUUUUAAUUCAUGGAAGCGUUAAUAGCUAUUAAACCUAAGUUUAAUCCAUAUCUACUGAUGGAUUCGACAUAGUUGUUUAAUGCUAUGAAAAAGAAAGCGAAUUCAAUUUCAUCUUUUUAUAUACUGCGUUUUAAAAAUCUGAUUAUAUCAAAGUAUAUUAUUUAUUCUCACAACCUACACCAUCUCUACACGAUUAUGAAAGCUAUUCAAGGUAGAAAGCAUAAAACCAGGUUAUUGGCUCAAUUUAACUUAAUGGGCAUUUUUCGGCAAAUCUAAUUAACACAAGCACUUUUAUUUUAGGAGUUAAAUCAUCUGAGCAGAAUUAAGACGUUUCCAUUAAAACUUUCACUUAAUUAUAAGAAAAUGGAAAUAAAUUAGAUGUGUUUGCAUCAUGCUGGAACAACGUUAAAAUCUAAUCAGUUUCAGUUGCCAUAUUGAUAUGGAAUGUGCCUAAUUCAUUUGUUGGAGAGUUAAAAGGAAACUAAUAUGAUAGCUAAUAUAAUACUUACAAAAGCCAUCCUUGGAUUAACACUAGAUAAGAUAACAGAUAUGCCACUAUAAGUUGUGAUACAAAUGUAGAUGGAGAUACUGCUCUUUAGUUAUUUAGUAUAUAUGGACUACGAGGAUAUGACAUUAGAGAAGGACCUAUCGUUAUAAUAGAAAAAGAUAUAAAUUUUGAUUUCAAAAACAAUUAAGCCUCUUCUUCUGUUGGAACAACUGGAAGAACAAAGUUAGUUGGUAUUUGGAUUAGUGCUGUAAUAUUAAGAGAUGUAGAUAAAAAUUACCUUUAAGAGCAAAUGAGUCCUUUAGUGCUCUGCCUAAUAGUAGCUGGUUCUCUCGUUGGUGUUUUUAUCAUUUUCUCUAUCUUCUACUUAAAGUUCUUCGGAUAAAACUAAGAUUUUAAGCAUAAAAAAUUUAGUAACAAGGAUUUCAGCUAAUCUGGAAGUGAUUUAAAUGGAAAUAGUUAAUCAAUUCAAGGUCAUUCCGUUAACUAAUAAGGCGUUAACAAUCAAAAUAAUUCUAAAGACGUAGUAACUUUGGAAUUCCCAUAGAAGUUUAAAUAAAUUCAACGCAAGAAAAAUACAGCUGUUUUGCUUUCAAGGGACUUGUUAACAGGAGUAAAGUAAUCUGAAAAAAAUCCUAAAAUUUACAAUGAAAAAACUGUAAUUGUUGAAAUGAGUGAAGAAUGCACUAAAAAAAAUGUAUUUUCAGAGCAUUAUAACUCAUAAAAUUUCUAGUCAGCCUUAGAAAAAUAAGAGUCAAAUGCAAAACCAUAACUACAAAAACUGGAAGAAGAGGAAAUAAAUGAUAGUCCUUAGUAUGAAAAAAAUUAAGAUAAUUAAAUCUUCUUUAAUAAGUAACAGUAAAAAGAAGAUAAUAGAGACAGUUUAAGCGAAAUUUAAUCAACUUUAGAAAAUGAACAUGGUCAAGAAACGACUAAUCGCUGUUAACCAAAGAUUUUAUCUGAUUAAGAUCUAAUAUAAAAAGAUAAAUCCAGGUCUGAAUCUAUCACAAUAGAAAUAAAUGCUUGA